GUUUGUUUGAAGAAAGCGCGGUGUAUUUUUUAUUAUCAUCAUCAUGUCAGCCAACGAAAAUAAUUCGGAAAAAGAUAUUGAUAAUGAUGGUGGUGGUGGUAGGGAUGAUGGUGAUUCAAAUGAUGGAUCAUCAUCUCCUAAAUCCGAAACGAAUGAUCCGAAUUCCAAGCGAAAAAUCGCCGACGAUGAUCCGCAUGAUGAUGGUGAGGAUCAAGAGGAAAAUGAACAAGAUUUAGACCCAGAACAAUCAUCACAACCGAAUAAAAAACGUAAAAUAAUUCCAUUCGAAAAAAUUUAUCUGGAUAAUCUACCACAAAGUGAUGCAUAUGAACGUAGUUAUAUGCAUCGUGAUACAAUAAAAUUUGUUUUGGUUGCCCGUAAUACUCAUUUUAUUAUUACAGCAAGUAUUGAUGGACAUAUAAAAUUUUGGAAAAAGAAAGCAAUCGGUAUUGAAUUUGUUAAACAUUUUCGUGCACAUCUUGGUACAAUUGUUGAUAUGAGUAUUAAUAAUCCAUUAGGAUCAUUAUUAGCAACCAUUUCGGAUGAUCGAUCAUUGAAAAUUUUCGAUAUUAUUAAUUUUGAUAUGAUCAAUAUGAAUAAAUUGGAAUUUAAACCUGGUUGUGUUGAAUGGUGUUAUACAACAAUGUCAACCAGUGGUGUACAUGACCCGUUUCCAGUAAUAGCCGUAUCCGAUUCAGAAUCAAAUCAAAUCUAUACAUUCGAAGCAACAAGUACAACAAAUCAACCAUUACAAAUAUUAGAUCGUAUUCAUAUAAGUCCAGUAGUUCGGAUGCGUUUUAACCCAUCGUAUUCAACAAUGGUAUCGGUUGAUCAAAAUGGAAUGCUAGAUUAUUGGAGUACACAUCGUAAUGAUUAUCGUUUUCCAUCGCAAUCGGUAAAAUUUGAAAGUAAAAUGGAUACAGAUUUAUAUGUAUUAGCACGUUGUAAACAAAUACCACAUGAUAUAUCAUUUUCAUUGGAUGGACAAAAUAUGGUUAUGAUAUGUUCUGAUAGAAAAAUACGUCUAUUUCGUUUCCUUACCGGUAAAAUGAUACGUGUUUAUGAUGAAAGUCUACAAUCCAUUACAUUAUUGCAACAAAAUCAACCACAAUUACCUAAUAUGGAAUUUGGUCGUCGUAUGGCUAUUGAACGUGAUUUAGAAAAAUCCGAAUCAUUUCGUAUGGAAAAAAUUUGUUUUGAUGAUUCUGGUUAUUAUAUUAUCUAUCCUACUAUGCUUGGAAUUAAAAUUCUUAAUUGGUAUACGAAUAAAUUGGUCAAAAUGAUUGGUAAAGGAGAGAAUUUUCGUCCAUUAUCGCUGGGUCUACAUCAACAGAUUGCCGAUUUAAAAACAACUAAAUCUAUUUUGACACCCGAAAUGAUAACCGCUAAUAAUCCAACAUUAGAACAAUCAUCACAUUCAGAUCCGACAAUAUUUUCAACUGGUUUUCGUAAAAAUCGUUUUUAUAUGUUUACAAAACGUGAACCAGAUGAUUCGGCUAUAAAUUCAUCCGAAGAUAGUGUACUAACUGGAUUAGAACGUGAUGUAUUUAAUGAAAAACCAUCCAGAGAAGAUAUGAUUGCAGCAACUAGUUCCGAAUCGAGUGGUUCACAAAAAUUAUCCGAAAAUGUUAUCAUUCAUACAACAAUGGGUGAUAUACAAGUGAAAUUAUUUGCAAAAGAUUGUCCAAAAACGGUGGAAAAUUUCGUUACACAUAGCCGUAAUGGUUAUUAUAAUAAUCAUAUAUUUCAUCGUGUUAUACGACAAUUUAUGAUACAAACAGGUGAUCCAACCGGUACCGGUACUGGUGGUACAUCGAUUUGGGGUCGAGAAUUUUCCGAUGAAAUUGUUUCACAUUUAAAACAUGAUAAACCAUUUACAUUAUCAAUGGCAAAUGCUGGACCAAAUACAAAUGGAUCACAAUUUUUUAUAACAGUUAUUGCAACACCAUGGUUGGAUGGUAAACAUACUGUAUUUGGUCGUGUAACAAAAGGUAUGGAAGUAAUACAAGCUAUUAGCCAGGUACGAACAAAUCCAAAAACCGAUAAACCAUAUGAUGAUAUAAAAAUUUUAAAUAUUCAAGUCAAGUGAAUUAGGGUGGUGAAGUGUUAUGUGAUUUUAUUUCAUAUUUUUUUAAAACUUUGUUUAUAACGAUUGUCAUGUGACUAGAAUAAAUUCAUUCAUUGAA